AUGAUCGUGGCAGCGCUAACGUGGAACUUCAAGGACUUCUUCCACUCGUUCAUGAUGAUCUUCCGCAUCCUGUGUGGAGAGUGGGUGGAGCCGCUUUGGGACUGCAUGAGGGCGGAGAAGAGAGAGGGCUCGGAAACCUGCCUGGCCAUCUUCCUGCCGGCGCUGGUGAUGGGCAACUUCAUGGUCCUGAAUCUCUUCCUCGCUCUCCUGCUCAACUCUUUCAACUCGGAGGAGCUCAAGUCGCGCCAGGACGACAUGGAGGACGAGUCGCGCGUCCUUCAGCUGUUCAUCCGGAUUCGGGUGAUUGUGGAGAGCCUUUUUCAACGCAACAAGAAGGACCAAUCCGACAAGGAAGGGGGAGCUGACGAAGGCGACGAAGAUGGAAGGGGAGGCUUCGAGGACGAGGACGAGGAGAAGAAGAAGAUCAGGCUGGACGAGGAGGAGGGCAAGCUCCCGUUGACCCAGGGCGGCGACGCGAUCCCGGACAGGGGCGUGGUGAAGCAGGCCAUCAGCGAGCCCGAGAUCAGGACGCGCUGUGACGAGGAGAUGACCUCGAACGACCCUCACCUCAUGGGCUACAAGAGAAUGACUGUUGCAGAAUACCCCCAUGAAUCCCCAGGGAGGGACUACCCCCGGGACUACUCCAACGGAUUCCCCCACGAGCACGACUACCGCCAGCUGCCCUUCCCGGAGACUAACCUGUCCGAGGCUACCAAUUAUAACGAGGACAGCGUGUCUGAGGUCAACCUGUCCGACGGCAACAUUCCCAAGAUGAAACUCGAUGAGAUCAGCUUCCAAGACAUGCAUCGGUCGAGCUCAAAGGAUAUUGACGCUUUACAUGACGAGGUCUUCGAUGACCCUCAGAGCAAAGGCACAGUGCAGGAAGAGCCACUGGGUAAUGGCGGCCCGAAAGCCAAGCAUUGGCAGGCGGUGAAAAAGGACAUGCCCAUGUUAAACAAGACACAGAGUUGGAGUGCUGUGGCCAGCUAUGUGGGCACCAUCACGACAGGCGAGAAAGACGAUGACGACCCGCGGUUCAGAAAGGCCGAGAUCGUGUGCAAGGAGCCUCCCGACUGCUUCCCUAAAAAAAUCUUCAACAAGUGUCGCUGCUGCUUUCUCUGCACGCAAACCAAUUUCUACAGAAGGUGGUACAAAAUACGCCAGGCCUGUCUCCAUGUUGUGGACAGCCCGUACUUUGAGUGGUUCAUCCUCAUCAUGAUUUUCGCCUCAUCUGUCACUCUCUGUUUUGAGGAUGUCCACUUAGAUUCAAAAAAAGAGCUUAAGGAGGUACUCUCCUACCUGAAUCUCGCCUUCGCCAUUCUCUUCACCCUGGAGAUGGUGAUCAAGUGGGUUGCCUUUGGGUUCGUCAAGUACUUCACCUCCGUCUGGACGCUCCUGGACUGCUUCAUUGUCAUGGUGUCGCUCUGCAGUCUCUUCGUGGAGCAAGAUAACCUCAUUGCCCUUAGGAGUCUUCGGACACUACGAGCACUGAGGCCCCUUCGGGCUAUUUCACGUUGGGAGGGGAUGAAGAUUGUGGUGAAUGCACUUAUGUAUGCCAUCCCGUCCAUCUUCAAUGUGUUGCUUGUGUGCCUCGUCUUCUGGCUUAUUUUCUCCAUCAUGGGCGUGCAGAUGUUUGGGGGGAAAUUUUACAAGUGUAUUGAUCCCGUGGAUAGAAAAAUCCUCCCCGUCAAGACUGUCAACAAUCGAAGUGAUUGUGAAAGACUAAACUACAACUGGACCAAUAGCAAAAUAAACUUUGAUCAUGUGGGUUAUGCCUAUUUAGCCCUGUUUCAAGUGGCAACCUUUGAGGGCUGGAUGGAGGUGAUGGCAGAUGCAGUUGAUUGCCGUGGGAUUGACAUGCAACCAGAGAGAGAAGCCAACAUUUAUGCCUACAUUUACUUUGUUAUCUUCAUUGUGUGCGGUUCCUUCUUCACACUCAACCUCUUCAUUGGUGUGAUCAUCGACAAUUUCAACGCACUAAAGAAGAAGUAUGAGGGCGGAGUGUUGGAGAUGUUCUUAACGGACUCACAGAAGAACUACUACACGGCCAUGAAGAAACUUGGCCGCAAAAAGCCGCAGAAAGUCAUCAGAAGGCCAAAGCAUCCGUACCAUGCCAUCUUCUACGAUAUUGCUGUGUCUAGAAGAUUUGAGAUCUCCAUUUUUGUGCUGAUCUUCCUAAACAUGGUGACAAUGGCCAUUGAGCACUACAACCAGUCUCGGACGGUCGACUUCAUACUUGAUGUCUUCAAUGCACUCUUUACUACAAUCUUUGGAUUAGAAGCCAUAGUCAAGAUCAUUGGCCUGCGCCAUCACUACUUCACGGUACCUUGGAACCUGUUUGACUUCAUCCUGGUGUUUGCAUCCAUCAUGGGCAUACUCCUCCAUGAUGUCCUCACUGACUUCCCCAUCAGCCCAACACUUCUCAGGGUAGUCCGCGUCUUCAGGAUCGGACGCAUUCUACGUCUUAUCAAGCCGACGGUGAACGGCCGAAACUCCUUCUUCGGUCAGGCUGCAAAGGGGAUUAGGAAGUUGCUGUUUGCCCUAAUAGUGUCACUGCCGGCACUGUUCAAUAUCGGUGCAUUGCUGUUUCUCAUCACCUUCAUCUACGCAAUCAUCGGAAUGGCGGUGUUUGGUCACGUGCAGCGGAAGGGUGCUCUAGAUGAUCUGGUCAACUUUGAGACUUUUGGCAGCAGUAUGAUGCUUCUCUUCAGACUGAUCACUUCUGCUGGCUGGAAUGACGUCCUGGACCCUCUCAUGGCUCAACCUCCAGACUGCGACGUCACUUACAUGAACCAGCCCAAUGGCAACUGUGGCCACCCUGUGAUCGCCAUUGUCUUCUUUGUGUCGUUCAUCAUCAUCAACUUUAUGAUUGUGAUUAACAUGUACAUUGCUGUUAUUUUGGAGAACUUUAACCAAGCACAUAAGGAGGAGGAGAUUGGCAUUGUGGAAGAUGACUUGGAGAUGUUUUAUGUUAGAUGGUCCAAGUAUGACCCACAUGCUACACAGUUCAUCAAUUUCUCACAACUCUCCGACUUCAUCUCCAGCCUUGAUGCUCCCUUUGGCAUCCCUAAGCCGAACACUGUUGCCCUUGUGUCCUUUGACCUGCCUAUAGCCAAAGGGGACAAAAUCCACUGCCUGGACAUCUUGCACGCCCUCACCAAGCAUGUACUGGGACAUGUAGAGGAGACUGAGGAGUUCAAGAGACUCAAGAUGCAGAUGGAAGAGAAGUUCAAGAAGCAGUUCCCAACUCGCAAGGAGCUUGAGAUCGUAUCCUCCACGCGUCGCUGGAAGAAGAUGGACUCAGCUGCCAAGACCAUCCAGAUGGCCUGGCGGGGCUUCCUCAAGCAUCGGCGAGAGUUGGAAAAGAAGAAUUUACUCCUAGAGGAGGCACAAACACAAACCUCCUCUCCGGGAGGGUCGUCUAUACGCUCUGGUUUCAAGAGGGUAUCAACCCUAUUAGCAGCGGUACCAAUGCCCAUGAGUAUGCCUCGCCGAAGGUCUGUCACCGUCCUCCAGGUGGAUGGGGAAAGAUCUAGGCCUAGCUCACGCCGUGCUUCCCGCUCUUCUGUGAACGAUACGUCUCCCCGUGGGUCUCUCUUCUUCUUCCCCAUCUCACGCCGCGCCUCCAGAGCCUCUGCCACUUCCGCCAACUCAGGAGCAUCAUAUCCAUCACUCGUGUCUGUGCAGAUACACCGCGUUGCUGAUCGGGAGUCUCCUCGCGCCACCCAAGGGUCCACAGAAGCCCUGAACACAGAGGCCAGCUGACGCAAGCCUUCUUCGGGCCCACCUUGAUGCCCUCCCUCACUGUAACCGGUGCCCACCCUCCCCAGCUGUAAGCUAACAGCUUCUGAAUGAGUGCUGUUGGCUCAUUACUGAUGGUUGAUAGCCUUCAGUUGAAAGCUGAUGGCCAACAGUUGCUUGGGUUCUGCUCGUCUCACCUGAGCGAGUUUGACCCACAUGCUGCCCGGUCACUCCUGCCUGGCUGGCCUUAGCCCAGUCUAUUCCUCAAAGCCCAACUGUGAGGCUUUAUGCGCUACGAGUACCCAAAGGAGAAGAGAAGGAGCACUUUGGUUGCUCUGACUGUUACAACUUAGUAUUUCCAUACGUUCCUGGAGUCUUUGUCAUGUUUAUCAUUGGCACUUGUCCCAAUUAGAUAUGAAUUUUUUUAAGACCAGUUUAAUGGUGUAUAACUGCAAAGAUAACAAGGAUUUUUUAUUGAUAUUAUUGCUAGUUUACAAUGACAUGUGCCAUUGUUGUUGUAUAUAAAAAGUAUUUUCA